AUGGAGGCAUACAACGGUCGCGUGCUGUCGCUCUUGCGCAGCGCCAGCGACUUUGUGCACCCCUACAUCGAACAGGUCCCAAAACCCGUGCUUCAAGGCAGCGUCGCCGUCAUCGUCAUUCUCUUGUCCAUUGUCUUCUUCCGCGCCGCCCAAGCCUCUGCCGCCAGCCGUCCCCGUCGCUACACCGUCGACCCCCCGACACCAGACACCUCCUCCUCGACGAAGCCCGCGGCCGUCAACUCCUCCCUCAUUGCCUGCUACGCGCCCGCGACCGGCCAAUUCCUCGGAAACGUGCCCGCGGCGUCCACCACCGACAUUGACGCCGCCAUCGCCGCCGCGGCCGCCGCCCAGCGCGCAUGGAGCACGACCACGUUUGCGCAGCGCAAGGCGGUGCUGCGCACCAUGCUGCAGCACGUCCUCGACAACGCCGAGCAGAUAUGCCGCGUCGCCGGCCUCGAUAGCGGCAAGACGCUCGUCGACGCGCAGCUGGGCGAGAUCAUGGUCACGGCGGAGCGGCUCCAGUGGACGCUGCUCCACGGCGAGCAGGCCUUGCGGCCGGAGCGCCGCCCGACGAACCUGCUCAUGAUGUACAAGCGCAACACGGUGCGGUACGAGCCCAUGGGCGUCGUCGCCGCGCUCGUCAGCUGGAACUACCCCUUCCACAACAUGCUCGGCCCCGUCAUCAGCGGCCUCUUUGCCGGCAACGGCGUCGUCGUCAAGGUCUCGGAGCAGACGGCCUGGUCGAGCGCGUACUUUGCCGACAUUGCCAGGGGCGCGCUGGCCGCGCACGGCUUCGAAACCGACCUGGUGCAGACGUUUGCGUGCUGGCCCAAGCAGGCCGAGUUCCUGACGUCGCACACCGGCAUCUCGCACAUCACCUUUAUCGGCAGCCAGUCGGUCGCGCAUCACGUAGCUGCCUCGGCGGCCAAGACCCUGACGCCCGUCGUGGCGGAGCUCGGUGGCAAGGACCCCUUUGUCAUCCUGGACUCAGCGGAAAAGGACCUCCCUCGCAUCGCCGAAGUGGUCCUCCGCGGCACGUUCCAGGCCGCUGGGCAAAACUGCAUCGGCAUCGAGCGCGUGAUUGCGUCGGGCAGGGUAUACGACAAGCUGGUCGCCAUGCUGGAGCCUCGCGUCAAGGCCAUGCGUCUGGGUCCCGACGCCGACAUGGGCGCCAUGAUCUCGUCUGCCUCGUUUGAUCGUCUCGAGUGCCUCGUCCAGGCGGCCGUCGCCCAGGGAGCGCGUCUGCUGGCCGGUGGCAAGCGCUACGCGCACCCCGACUACCCCGACGCCACGUACUUUGAGCCCACGAUGCUGGCCGACGUGACGCCCGACAUGGGCAUCGCCCGCCAAGAGUGUUUUGCGCCCGUCCUCACGCUCAUGCGCGCCGAGGCGUCCACGGCCGACGCCAUGCUCGCCGUCGCCAACGCCCCCAACUUUGGCCUCGGCGCGUCGGUGCAUGGCUCCGAGCGCGAUCCCGCCAUGGAGCCCAUCGUCCGCGGUCUCAAGGCGGGCAUGGUUGCUGUCAACGACUUUGCCGUCUACUACGCCGUGCAGCUGCCCUUUGGUGGCGUUCGUGGGUCUGGAUACGGUCGCUUCGCUGGCCAGGAGGGUUUGCGCGGCCUGUGUAAUAUCAAGAGUGUCUGCGAAGACAGAUUCGGCUGGCUGGGCAUCCGGACGGGUAUCCCGCCGCCGAUGCAGUACCCCGUGCCGAACCAGAAGAAUAGUUGGCGAUUUGCGCAUGGUGUUGUGGAAUUGGGCUACGGCGCAGGCCCACGGAAGGUCAAGGGUCUGAUGGGCAUUCUGAAAAACAUGUAA